AUAUUAUGAGACUGGGUGUCAUUAGGCGAUUGCUAUUGAAUCGUGAAUCUUGACUCGUCGUUUCUUUUCCUUGAUAAUUUUCUUUUUCUCUCAGGUCAUUCCAUGGUUUUCAGAUCCCCUUUAGAGCUUUAUCCCUCCCAUUUCUUCCUGCCAAACUUCGCUGAUCGCUCUGUGCUCGUUGCGAGCAGUGCAACCAGCGCCAGAUCCCAAGAAGAGUUGUCAAUGUUUCAGCUACCCACCCUCAACUUCUCUCCGGAGCAAGUGGCAAGCGUCUGCGAGACGCUGGAAGAGACGGGAGACAUCGAGAGGCUGGGACGCUUCCUCUGGUCUCUGCCGGUGGCACCGGGGGCAUGCGAGGCGAUCAACAAGCACGAGUCCAUCCUGCGCGCCCGAGCCGUGGUGGCCUUCCACACCGGUAAUUUCAGAGACCUGUACCACAUCUUGGAGAACCACAAGUUCACCAAGGACUCCCACGGCAAGCUACAGGCCAUGUGGCUGGAAGCCCACUACCAAGAGGCCGAGAAGUUGCGGGGCCGCCCCCUUGGUCCGGUUGAUAAGUACAGAGUGCGGAAGAAGUUCCCUCUCCCCAGAACUAUCUGGGACGGGGAGCAGAAGACCCACUGUUUCAAAGAGAGGACACGCAGCCUGUUAAGAGAGUGGUACCUCCAAGACCCCUACCCCAAUCCCAGCAAGAAAAGGGAACUGGCUCAGGCCACGGGACUCACCCCUACACAAGUGGGGAACUGGUUUAAAAAUCGCAGGCAGAGAGACAGAGCGGCAGCUGCCAAAAACAGACUUCAGCACCAAGCAAUGGGACAGAACGGCAUUCGUUCGUUGUCAGAGUCCGGGUGUACCCCACACAGCUCGGCCGAGUCCCCGUCCACCGCAGCCAGUCCGACCACCAGUGUAUCCAGCAUGGCAGAGCGAGUCGACACGGGGACAUCGAUCCUUUCAGUAACCUCCAGCGACUCUGAAUGUGAUGUAUGAUACACAAACACAGGAAUAUGGACCUGAAAAAACUCUGAGACUUAAAUAUAUUGCUGAAGAAAGAAGAAAAAGAAACAAUUCAUUAUUAAUAUUAUAUAUAAAAGGACAAGCACGACUGGUCCAAGCGCUUUCGAUGGACGCUCGCCUCCCUCUAUCCCUUCACUACUUGCAUGAUAUUCUUUUGUAUCUGGGAACAAAAUAUUAAGUAUCUACGUUGAAUAUUUUUACAAGGAGCUCCAAGAAGAGUAACACGAAUAACAGGAAGUGUCGCCUCUUUCUGAUCUCUCUCUCUCUGUUUUAGUCCAAGUGAUGGUGGUGGUGAUGAUGAUGAUGGUCAACCAGAUGCAAUUCUCUCUCGUUUUCUUUUCUGUUUCAUCAGACAAUCAUUUGAUUCGUAAGCACCUUUUUUCUACACGUCUGUCACUGCCUGUGUGGGUACUGGUUUUAGUGUGGAACCGAAUAGUUAUGACUGUGUCAGAUUCUUAUUUUUAUUUCGAGAUUUUAUAUGAAUUAUGUAUAUCCUAAAUGACGCGUCAUUCUCCCAGUUUGUAAUAUAUGGUUAGAGAUAAGCUUGUAUUAUAUUGCUCUCUUCCUCUUCCUCCUUAUCCUCUGUUUUCUAUCCUCCUCAAUUUUCUUGACGGUGUUCCUACAUUUAAAAAAUAGUUGUCAAAAAAGUUUAAGUGCUAGGUUUUAAAAAAGAGAACUACAUCGAUAGAAUGAAACCGAGUGCUAUUGUACCCUUUUAUGCAAAUGUUAUUUGGAGAAUUCUUCAGUAACUUGACACAAAAACAUGUCCCUUUCUCCAAGUUCGCAUAGAGCGCUUAUUAUUCAAUGUUUCUUUACCUGCGUGUUAACUAUAUGUAUACAUUUUUAAAUCAAAUACAGUAUUCCAUUUUCUUAUAUAUCUUGGAUUCUGUGUUGUUGUUUUUUUCCCUGUGUCUGCAAGGUUUGAGAUAAAUGUCCACGACAAAAACAAAGUACGUGUUUACACGUGGGUUCAGAAUCAAGUCCAGGCUGCCAUGCAAACUCGCUUUAUUAAAUUAGAAGUGAAUCUGUAUCAGGGUGUCAGGGUUAUGUAAUUAACACACACAGCAGGGUUCAGAGUCUGUAAAUGUAUACCACAUCUCCC